AUGGCAGAGACCAUCAUCGUGACCAGCAAUGCUUCGGCACACCCUUACUACCCGACUGAUCUUCCAAUGGCGGACUUCGUGCCAAACCAGACGGGCAGCGUUGUGCUUGUGGGCAAAUUCUGCGUGAUUUGGUCUUCAGUUCUCGUCGCUGCGCACUUCAUCAUCAAGAACGUGCGCCCCAACACACCAAAGAGCAAUUAUCUGGUCGCGAUGUGGUUCACGCUGUGCGGUUCCAUCCACCUGUUCUUUGAAGGUUACUUCUCGCUCAACUCCCUCAGCAACCUCGCCAGCAAGCAGGACGUAUUCGGCCAGUUGUGGAAGGAGUACUCGCUCUCAGACUCGCGGUAUCUCACCCAAGACUCCUUCCUGAUCCCCAUGGAGACGCUCACCGCUUUCAUAUGGGGCCCGAUGUCGUUUGCUUGCGCUUAUUGCAUCAUCAUGGAGCACCCGCUGCGGUGGGCGCUACAGAUCAUUAUCAGCGUCGGUCAGCUCUACGGCACAAUUCUUUACUUCGGCACCUGCAUUCUCGCCGAACUGGUCUCUCAGAUCUCCUUCUGUCGGCCCGAGGCCCUGUACUACUGGUUUUACUACUUCCACUUCAACGCCUGGUGGCUCGCUAUUCCGAGUUAUCUAAUCUGGCAGAGCGCCUGCGCGUCAACUGCGGCAAUCGCCAAAGUCCAAGCGACGCAAGAAACUGGCAAGAAGAAGAGUCAAUGA